AUGGAAAUAAAACUGCGUUGCUCUUUUUCCUUGUUCCAUAACCCGAAGGAAAAAAAAUCGUUAAGUAAAAAAAUUUGACUCUAUUACCACUUCGAUCGAGCUUGUAAGAUAUUAUCUGGAAUGGAUGGUGGGUGCCAACAGGACUGUCCCCCCUUCAGACCCUUGUUUGCUCGAACCACGGGAACUGGAGGCGGCGGGGGAGACGGCAUGCAGCCCAUCAUAGAAGAGAUCAGAAAUCGCAUCAGUAGCCUGUCCUGCAGACACGCCGACGGCUGUGAUCGGGCCUGCUUACGCGUGAAUGGAAACAAGGAAGAGAAAUUCAGGAAAAUCCUGCCGUGGGUGUUGUUAACGACAGCCAUGUUCACCAUGAUAGCUCUGAAGCUGUCUCAGAAGCUCCCGGCGCACGGCUCCGAGCCCAGCGCGGCGCACGCACUGGAGGAGCUGCGAGCGGCCAAUCGGAGCCUGACCAGCCGGUGGCGCGCCUUCGAGGAGACCAUAGACGCCCUGCGACACGAACUGAACGAGAUCAAGAGUAAUAUCCAUAAUGUUUGCGCCCUUGACAGUGUACAAGCACACAUCGUCCGGAGAGUCGUAAACCACUCACUGGACGUGUACGACGCCGACAAGACCGGACUGGCCGACUACGCCUUGGAAUCCGCAGGUGGGGAGAUAGUGGACAGCCCGAUCGCGGUGAAGCGCUUCGUGCUGGAGUGCUUGGCCUUCCUCGGCCUGCCCGCGCACGGACACGAACACAGCGCGUGCUGCGGCCCGCGCUGCGUCCUCCAGCCUUCCGUGCAGCCGGGCCACUGCUGGACUUUCGAAGGAGCGACCGACAAAGUGACGAUACGGCUCGCCAGGAAGAUACACGUCUCCGCGGUCACCGUGGAGCACACGCCCGCCACCAUCGCCAUCUCCGGCGACGUCACGUGCGCACCGAAGCAUUUCGUCGUCUACGCAAUGGUGCUGGGGAAAAGCCCACGCUUGGUUGAGCAGCGUUUGGGCAGCUACGAAUUCAAAGUCCCCGGCCCCCCACUGCAGACUUUCAGAAUACAGGACGCCCCCGAGGAGGCCACGGGAGUGGUCCGCGUCUCGUUCCGGAGCAACCACGGCCACCCGCGCCUCACCUGCGUGUGCAGGCUCAGAGUGCACGGCACGGAGGCGACCGCACGCUCCUUCGACCCCGCGCGAGGAUGAGCGUCUCCCGCCCCGCGCCGCCCCGACAACAGGGAACUGCCUGCUUUGGAAGUGUUUCAUCUUUAUACGCGGUUUAAACCUUCCUUUUAACUAUUUUUGUACAAUUUUUUAUCGACCAUAAUGCUGACUAAAAGGAAAAAAAAAAAGAGAAUCACUCAAGUCUUGAUUUGCACAGUUUAGAAAAUUUUAUGCUACUAACAUAGUUGAAAAAAUAAAUAUAUUUUUUAAAUAAUUUCAUAAAAUA